AUGGCGAGCCCGGAGAGACCGCUCCUGGUAAGAGCCAUGGGCAUGAGGCGGACGUGGGUCUGCCUCUUCCUCCUCGUCUACACCUUCCUCCUCUACUGCUCCUGGAGUCUCCUCCUUUCCAUCCGCUCCUGGUACAACACCGCCUCUUCUCACUCCUCCUCCUCCUCCUCCACUUCUCCGACCUACGUCGCCGGGUGGCCGGCGCUGUACGCGUCGGUGCUGUACGGAGGCGUAUUCGGGCUACUGGCGAUGGGGGCGGCGCUCGCGGUGGCGGUGCCGGCGACGCUGGUCACGUGGAUCACCGUGCUGGUGCUGCUCGCCUUCGCGGGGAAGCCGCGGCGGUCUCUGGUCAUGGAGGGGCGGCGGAUCACCGCCGACAUCACCGCCAUCGCCCUCAAGAUCCUCGUCCGCGAGGGCAACCUCGUCGCCGGCAUCUGUGCUACCGUCAGCUUCUUCGCCCUCCUCUUCAGCAGCAGGAGAUCAGGGGGAGCAGCAGGAGGAGACCGUGAUUUGUGAGAUCCAUCAAAGAUCACGGAAGCUUCGUUUCUGUUGUUGCAGUAACUUGUAGAUGCUUAGAGAGAGAGAAAGAGGGAGAUUACUGGUAAGUAAUCGUUGCUGCUGUAAUUUUUGACUCUGAUGUUUGGAAUGAUCGAUCUGGCUAAGAGACAAACAGCAGCGUCAUAUAGUAAUGGCAAAUCAUAUUGGAAGAUGACAAUGGAUGACCAUUUCACAUAUUA